AUGAAAAUCACCUUUCUCGCACUGUCGGCGGCUUGUGCUGCAAUCUCGCUUGCCGAAGCGGUGCCAGCACCACGACCUCACGAGGAUGGACCAAAAUAUUAUUACCCGCGGGUAGUGAAGCGUCAGACAGAAACGAAUAAUACAUCACCUGAAGGAACGCCUGUAGGGUCAGCAACCUCGAUCGAUGAAUCAGAUUCAUCAACUCAGUCUAAUAACGGUGGGCUCGGAGAUACGUUGGCUACCAUCAUCAGCUCGAUCACGGACGGCCUUGGAAAUGCAGCACCGACAAGUACGGGGGGGACUACUGUGGGAAUAGACACCGUCAUCUCAGACACAGGGAGUCCCGCCAACACUGCACCAACACCAACUACCACGCCUGAUGACACCAAACCUCCAACAACCACAGCUGAUGAUUCGGCGCCGGUGACGACCUCGCAGCAAGGCCUGGGUGAUGCUCUUUCGUCAGCCGUAGAUCAGUUGACCUCUAGCCUCGCGAGCGUUUUCGAACCAUCAGACACGGCCACUCCACCGUCGCCGACGCCAAGUCCUACGACUCCUACAGAUGACACUGCUCAGCAGCCGACGACGCAGCCACAGCCAACUUCAAGCGGCGGCCUCAUCGACUCGCUGACCAGUGCACUCAAUCCGCCGGUGCCAACACCAACUACCACACAGGGGGAUGACGUGGGCACCACUGAUCCCCCUCCACCUCCACCGACCACAACGGGCGGUUUCGAGACCACGACGCCUGACCCACCAACGUCUCUGCCGACCACUGGUCCCACCAAUCCGCCACCGCCGCCGACAAGCACGCCAGACACGAACGAUCAACCAACUUCAACGCCAUCAGUGACUGACAAACCAACGGAUCAGCCAACGGAUCAACCAACAACACAGCCGCAACCCACGACUGAUGCCCCACCACCACCUGCCGCUAACGUCACAACCCCAGAGCCACCAACCGUGACACCAACUGAUCUGCCGACUACCCUGCCUCCAUCUAGCAAGGAGCCACCGCAGAGUAUAUUGCCGACGGGGACUGACAACGCUACUGCCGUCGUUCCACCCUCCCUGAUUGAGACUGCGGCACCUCCCACAAGCACAACCGAGACGAAGACCGUGCCGACCACGCAGGCAACGACGCUGCCCUCGGACGUUCCCAGAGUGAUCACGCCGGAAGGAGGCAUACCCGUUGCGCCUGAAAAUUCAACACUGAUCCAAAUCGGAUUCAAGGAAGGACUCCACUACGAGUUUGUCGUCGGGUCUCAGUUGGCCGUCUCUCAGAUCUUCACCUUCAGCCCCAUUGGCAUAGCAGACGGCCUCGGUAUAGCCGAGAACAAAGUGGUCAUGCAGUAUUUGCAGCCCUACAAUACGCUGGCCAAGCUUCACUACGUGACCACCUUGGCCAUGGGCUAUGUGCCAUCGGAUGAAAUCGACAAACUGUCAAUGGAGAUCCUCAAUGCCAAUUCUGCACUGUACGACAACCCAAACAAAUCUGUCAAGACUUUGAUGAACAUGAUCGACCCUUCGAUACCACUCCUGGCUGGGCAAGGCUUGACACCAGGUGGUACGCCCGUGGACACCAACAACAACGAUCAAAAUGCCAACUCCAAUGAAGGCGAUGCUCCCGGCGGAGACGGCGGAGGCUCCGGUGUCAAGCCAUCCUCUGUCGGUAUUGCUGUUGGUGCUGUCGCUGGCGCCGCAGUCUAUGGUGCUGCGAUGUUCCUCGUUGCACGCAGGUACAAAAAGCGCAAGGCUGCUCAUCAAAGGGCCAGCAGUGUGCAGACUGAUGAAACACCACGAGCAGGCGAGGGCACCAACCUCAUGGCCGGUGCUCGCAACAGCUAUGGCAGCCGUGCGCCCGGCCGCAUGAACAGCAACAACGGUGGACGAGGUUCAAGAAACAGCGAUCGCAGCGAUGAGUCUGGCCGCAGCGGGCGGACAUACAUAAGCCCGCCUGUGAUGGCCGAGAAUAGCUUGGGCUGGAACUGA